AUGUCGGGUAUCACUGUCCAGUCGCGGCCCAAGCAGCCCUACGUGGCGGUGCCCUGUCCCUACACCGACUGCCGCUCCUCGAUCGAGUACCUUCCACCUUCGCCGUCCGAACUAGCCGCUCUUCCCCCGUCCGAGACGUCGUUCAAGGUGACAUGCUGCAAGUGCAACAAGAACUUCGAGCCGCCAGGGGCGCCCAAGCUGGUCCGCGAAGCCAGAAAGAGCGGCGGCAAAGAGGGCGGACAGGUGCGCAAACGCAGAAUAGGCACCGACGACAACCCGCUCGACAUGGCCUACUACGACACCCUCGGCGUACCCGCCACCGCAACCCUCGACGAGAUUAAAAAGGCCUACCGCAAGCUCGCCAUCAAGCUCCAUCCGGACAAGAAUCCAAACGAUCCAGAGGGAGAGGAAAAGUUCAAGGCCCUCGCCACCGCCUACCACGUCCUCUCGGACCCCGAGCUGCGACACAAGUACAACGAGUUUGGCGCAUCGACCCCCGGCCUCACACCCGAGGACGGCUUCGUCGACCCAGAAGAAGUCUUUGGUAGCCUCUUUGGCGGCGAGCGCUUCGCCGACAUCAUCGGCACCAUCAGCAUCGGCAAGGACAUGAAGGAGGCACUCCAGCAGGAUUCGGAAGAGCUCGAGAAACAGGCCAACGGCGAGGGCGGCAGCAGCGAGUCCGCCGACGGCAAGGACAAGGUGCAGCUGACGCCCGAGCAGAAGGCGGCCAAGGAGGAAAGGGAAAAGAAGCAGGCCGAGGAACGGGCAAAGCAGCGCGAGGAGCGCGUGUCGCAGCUGGCCGACAAGCUGAUCCGCAAGCUGAGCAUCUUCACCGAAAGCGUUCGCAACGCCGGCGACGAGAAGCUCGAGCGCGAGGUGGCCGCCAGCUUCCGCGAGAUUACGCGCAUCGAGGCCGAGGAGCUGAAAAAGGAGAGUUACGGCGUCGAGCUGCUCCACGCCGUCGGCUUCGUCUACUCGGCCAAGUCCAAGCACUACCUCGCCAGCACCGGCAUGCUGUGGGGCAUCGGCGGCAUGUUUCACUCCGCCGCCAACUCGAUCCACGUGGUGCGCGAGACAGUCUCGACGGUGCGUGCCGCGCUCGAGCUCAAGUCGGUCUUCGAGGAGCUGGCCAAAGCCGAGGAGCAGGGCAUCACCGAGGAGCGUAAGCGGCAGCUCGAGGAAGCCGCCGCCGAAAAGGGCAUGCGCGCCCUCUUCAAGGGCGCCAAACUCGAAGUCGAGAGCGUCAUACGUGACGUGGCGGAGCGCGUUCUCUACGAUGCCAACGUUGGCAAGGAGACACAGCGGCUGCGCGCCACGGCGCUCGGCAUCGUAGGCGAAGUCUACGCCAGCGUCAAGAAGGACGAAGACGCUGCCAACAACAACAGUGACCCGGCGUCGGCGGCCGACGAAUUCGUCAAGGUCGAGACCAAGGCCAGCAAGGAGAGGGAGGCGGCGGCGGCAGCCACAGCGGCCGGUGCAGCGGCCGGCAAUGGCGGUAGCGGCAACGCGGACUCGAGACCACCGAAGCGGGAUGUUCCAGCGCCACCGCCGUGGACAGCGAGCGGUUCGCCGUCGUCGCAGGCAAACGCCGGCGAGCAGCCAUACGAGGCGUACAAGCGGCAUUCCAGGUCAUCACAGAAGGCAGCCUUUGGCUGA